AACACCAAAAGUGCUUUGUUUUUGUUUAGUCCGGUUGAUCUGCAAGAUUGUGGUGUGAUACUUUUUGAUAUCUUGUUUCCUAAUUUUAUUGAUAAUAUUCCUAAUUUUAUUGGUAAUUAAGUAUUUUCAAUGUCAGCUUCAAGUCAAAAAAUGGAAACUGAUGAUCAACAUACUGUGAAAAGAAAACCAAUAUGUCUGAUAGUGCUCGGUAUGGCGGGAUCCGGUAAAACUACAUUCGUGCGCAAGUUAGCCCAGUACAAGCAUGACGAACACAAUCCAUACCUCAUUAACCUGGACCCAGCGUGUCGAGAAGUUCCGUAUCCGGCCAAUAUAGAUGUCCGAGAUACCAUAAAUUACAAGGAGGUUAUGAAGCAGUACAAACUAGGACCCAACGGCGGCAUUGUCACUGCCUUGAAUCUUUUCUCCACCAAAUUUGGCAAGGUAAUAGAGCUAGUUGAGCGAACCCAGGAUAAACAUAAAUACUGCGUGAUAGACACACCCGGCCAGAUAGAGGUAUUUACGUGGUCAGCAUCCGGGACUAUCAUCACGGAAGCUUUAGCAACAACAUUUCCCACGGUCGUCGUCUACGUAAUGGAUAUAGUGCGAUCCGCAAGUCCUACCACCUUCAUGUCAAAUAUGCUUUAUGCCUGUUCGAUUCUGUACAAAGCCCGACUACCGUUCAUAAUUGUGCUGAAUAAAAUCGAUGUCCAAGAGUUUGACUUCGCGAUCGAGUGGAUGCAGGAUUUUGAAUCAUUCCAGGAGGCGCUUGAAAAUGAAACUACCUACGUCAGUAAUCUUACGCGUACGAUGUCUCUGACACUGGAUGAAUUCUACAGAGACCUGAAAGCCUGCGGGGUAUCAUCCAAAACGGGCAUCGGAUUCGGAAAAUUUUUCGAAUUGGUUCAAGAAGCUGCAAAGGAGUAUGAAAACGAUUACAAAGCCGAAUACGACAAGCUACGACUGGAGAAGUUGGCCGAACAGAAACAAAAGGAAGAAGAGCAAUUGGCUAAAGUGACGCAGCAGAGUAAAGGACAAGAAGUGCCGUUGAUCAAUGAACUGAGUAGCGGCCGUGAGCGAGCGGAUAUAUACUUGAAACACCCGGGUAAUGAAAGUUCAGAAGACGAGGAAGGCCAUGAAGAUGAUGCUCCGGUUUGUCCUGGUGACGACGAAGCCGAAGAAGCCAACUUUACCUCGUUUGUAAGAAAGCAUAAAGAAAUACAGAAAGCCGCACAGAACAAAUAAAUAAUCAAUAAAACCCACAGUUGAUUUAACAUUUACUAAAA